AGGCUUCCCUGUUUCAGGCCUGUUUAUGCCAACUACAUUAUGUAUGAGCAGCACCAUCAUGAGUUCAUGAACCAGCCUCACACAAGAAGAAAGAUGCUCCAACUUCUUCAUGGUGGGCUCAUAUGGCAGCUGGCUUUACACAGUCUUGGGUUUGAUGUUCUCCCCUCCAUUCUUGAUGGUAUUUCAAAGGAAACAGUACUAUUUGGCCUCAUACUGGACAUUGAUGGCCAGACUUAUUUUGAUGAUGAGCUCUCAAAAGAGGAGGUAGAUUUCAUGUGUGGGACAUAUUAUGUGCAUAAUAGU